CGGGGCGGCAGAGGCACGCCGCCUGGGGCUGAUUGGCCGCCCAGUUUAUAAGAGGUGCCCGGCCGGGGCAGCGGGGUUGUUUGCCGAGGUUGGUGAGCUCCGCGGAGCCGCGGGCCGCCUGUGGAGCCGUCUGAGCGGAGCGGUGCGGAGCUGCCCGCGGCGCGAUGCGGCGCGCCAGCCGAGACUACACCAAGUACUUGCGCGGCUCUGAGGAGCUGGGCAGCGGCGCCGCCCACGAGAGCGCCCCGCCGCCGCCGCCACCGCCGCCGCUGCCGGUCCACCCGCACCCGCCGCCCGCCUCCCGCUCCCUCCUCGUCGCCCUCGUCCUCCUGGGAUUGGGGCAGGUGGUCUGCAGCGUCGCCCUCUUCCUCUACUUCCGAGCUCAGAUGGACCCUACUAGAAUUUCCAAAGAACAUGCACACUGUGUCAGAACACUUUUUGGACAUCAAGAAAAUACAGAUUUGCAUGAUGCAUCCUUUGAAAGUCAAGAAGUGAAGCUAAUGCCAGAAUCAUGUAGAAGCAUGAAACAAGCUCUCCAAAGAGCUGUGCAGAAGGAAGUCCAGCGUGUCAUAGGAAGAGCACCACCAAGACCAGAAAAAGCUGCAAUGGAGGCACUAGGAAUGGAUCUGUACAAGAGAAGUAAACCUGAGAAGCAGCCGUUUGCCCAUCUGAUUAUUGAUGAUAAGAAUAUUCCAUCUGGAACUCGGAAAGUGAACCUCACAUCCUGGCAUCAUGACAAAGGCCAGGCAAACCUAUCGAAUAUGACAUUCAAUGAUGGAAAGCUGGUUGUUAAUCAAGAUGGUUUUUACUACCUUUAUGCCAACAUUUGCUUUAGGCACCAUGAGACUUCAGGAAACCUGACCAAAAGAGGGCUGCAACUGAUGGUGUAUGUGAUCAAGACAAACCUUAAAAUGAGGCGCUCUGAUGUGUUGAUGAAGGGAGGAAGCACCAAAUACUGGUCAGGGAAUUCAGAAUUCCAUUUUUAUUCUGUAAAUGUGGGAGGGUUUUUUAAACUGAAGUCUGGUGAAAUGAUAAGCAUCCAGGUCUCAAACCCCUUGCUACUGGAUUCUUCCCAAGAAGCAACUUACUUCGGGGCUUUUAAAGUUAGGGAUUUAGACUGAAUCUUUCCUUAGAGUGCGGAAGAUUGUUGGAGGUCUUUAGUGGUCCAGAAACAACUUGAAGACAGAACUGAAAGUCUUUUGCAACCCAAUUGCCUCUUUGUAAGCCAUAUAUCUCUCAAGACACAGUUUUUUUUCCUCUGUGCUGAUUCCAGUGGGAGUCCCACAACUGCACAGAAGGGCAAAGUGACAUCGUUCAUCUGAUUCCGUCCUAUGGCAGUUUUACUUCAUAUGUCUCCAGUGGCUUCAGUAUAGUCAUUAAAGACUUUUACGUUGGUAUGGUUGAAAUCAUUGCCAAAAAUCCAG